AUGUUGUUAUAUUUAGAAUACAAUAGUUUUUAAAAAAAGUUGUUUUACCCAUAUCAAUUUUAUAACUAUCUUUAUGAAAAGCCAUAGCUGCCUCAACUGAUUCCUUAAUCUAUUGCAAAAUAGAAAAACAUUGCUAUGAACUGUAAAAAGAAAAAAAUACUUCUACAAUGCAAAACAAUUUUCCCACAACUAUGUGAUUAAAAUGUGGCAAUUAGUAACAAGUAAUUGGAAACAAUCUCAGGUUCCCUUCACCUUUUCUGCAACAGAACAAAGCAAGCUAAUAAUAGGCAUGGCAAAACGGAAUUACAUGCUGAUUCCAUAUUCCACUCUUUCCUUGUAAUUAACUCAAUAGAAUACACAUAUGAAGCCGAGAUUUGCAAAAAAAACAGCAAACCUUACUGUGCUAUGGUCAAAAGAAUUUUCAAACAUUGUCCCAUUUUUUUUGCUCUAAUUUAGAAUUAAAAGAUCAUGGAGGAUAAUCUAAUGUCCAUCAAAUAACUCUCACAUAAUAUAUAAAUCGAAUCUAAAAGCAUCAACAAUAAACAAGUAAAUCAAUCUCUUCAUGUUGCAAUGAAACAAGAGCCCUGAAACAUAACCCAACGCUUUAAACUUGCUGCAAAUAAUUGAAGAAUUUUGGAACUCCUACAAAUUACUUAAUCUGGUCCAAGGCAAUUUCAUAGCACGGAAUAAGGUCAGUGCCUUUUCUAUUUACACCUAUUUAUUAAGAAACAGAAUAUUAUGUUUCUAAUCCUCACUGCCUCACAAGUGAAACUUGUGCAGAAAGUUGUUAGGACAGAAUUUGGAAAGUGCUGGCCUGAGAAUUGAUGGUAAAAGUUGCAGAGUAGGGUCCACAGUUUACUGAAGCAAUAAGCACAAUAUCUACCAUAAGUUGAUGGAAAGAUUAGAUUGUUAUACUUUAUUCCUAAAAUUCCAUAAUCCCUUCUCCUUAUAAGGCGAGUGCUGAUGGCCUUUUCUCCUUGCAUUGAGAAGGGACUGAAGAGGUUCAUAUUCGUCUAAUAAGGGGAUUUCGAACACAAGAUGCCUAAGUUCUAGCUUUCCAGAAGAAGGCAACUGAUAACAGAAGCAAACAAGCAUCAAGGAAUUGGGCUUUCACAUGGAUGUGAAGACAUAAAAGAGGGAAAAAAGGGAGAAAUAGAGAUGCAUCGUUUAGGUCAGUCUGACAUCCUUUCAUCAAGACCAACAUUUCCUCCAGAAAAAACUUUACUUUUGCAAGGACGAAAUGCUCUGGGAGAUUCAGGACUAGUUCUCUCAACGGAUGCUAAGCCCAGGUUGAAAUGGACUCCAGAGCUCCAUGAGCGUUUCAUUGAGGCGGUGAAUCAACUUGGAGGAGCAGAUAAGGCUACCCCUAAAACAGUAAUGAGAAUAAUGGGCAUUCCUGGAUUAACCUUGUAUCACCUAAAAAGUCAUCUUCAGAAGUAUAGACUAAGUAAAAACUUACAAGUUCAAACAAAUUGCGGAGGUGUCAUGAUUGGCUCUGCAGCACUACUGGAUCGAAGAACUGAGGCUAGUGGAUCAACAGAAAGCCAACCAGAAGUGGCGUCUCAGACAAACAAAUCCAUGAAGAUCAGUGAGUCUCUUAUGAUACAGGUCGAAGUGCAGAGACAGUUGAAUGAACAACUUGAGGUACAAAGGCAAUUACAGCUUCGCAUAGAAGCACAGGGAAAGUAUUUACAGUCCGUUCUAGAGAAAACUGAAGAGACUCUUGGCAAGCAGAACUUUACUUCCAUGGGGCCGGAGGAUGCCAAAUUUCAACUCUCUGAACACGUUUCCAAUGCGUUUAAUAAGUGCUUACCUACCGAGUUUCCAGGUUUUAAAGAAACGGCCCAUUUACCUAGGCAACACGCACAUACUACUCAUGUAUAUGAUGGUUCAACGGGUAGUUGUUUGACAUCAAAUGAAGACAUAGGAAAGGAUGAUGUUGGUAUGUUCUUCAGAACAUACCACAGCGAUUUAUUCGUUCAGAAUAAUAAGAGUUGUGAUAUUGCUAUGUUUGAAGAGACUCCAACAGCAAGAUGUGGGGAAGUGAAUCAUAAAGAGCUAGUCCAUUCAUCAUUACCAAGUGAAGUGGAUGCAAUUUUCAUGAUUGAAGGAGGUUCUGCUUUAUUUUCACUGAAUACAACUCAUGGGCUAAAUGAAAACAACAGCAUUGCAGAUGCAAGCAGGAAAGAGACAGAAAUAGAGUACCCUUACCUCGGAAUCCAAAAUAGCAAAACUUUGGAAAUUCUGCAAGGCAUAGAGAAGCAGUCAAGUCAGUUUGGGUUUUCAAGCCGAAUUACACAACUAGAUUUAAACAUAAAUGAUAAUAACGAAGAUUUAGAAGGUUGUAAGCAGUUUGAUUUGAAUGGUUUCAAUUAAAGUAAAAAAAAAAAAAAAAAGAAGGAACGGAAUAUUCAGAACCGUGGUCACUCCAUGGACAUCUGCUAUAGUUGUAAUAGACUGCUAUAAAGCCCAUUGACGCAAUAUGAGUAAUUAAAUAAUAGUCGGAUAGCAAAAGGUGACCAUUUGUACUUUAUUAUGGUAUUGCUAAUAAAAUAAAAAAUUAGACCA